GCCCAUGCAGGCUCAUCUGCACAGGCGGCUGUGUUCUGCUCUUGUUCCUUUGUUGCUGUGAAACGGGCUCCCGGCACAGUCAGCCUCUGUGUGGGUGGACUGGUGGUUGUCUUCGCAGGCAGGCAUUUGCUUAGAACAGGCUGCGUGCGAGCCCCACGUCAAGAAAUUCCGGCCUCCUCAAUCAGCGUUAGUGGAAGGAGGCUCUGCUGAGGGGACUGGUUGUGAAGGAUGAGUUCAGGGUGGGAUGACGGACCGCUUCUGGGACCAGUGGUAUCUCUGGUAUCUCCGCUUGCUCCGGCUGCUGGAUCGAGGUUCUUUUCGGAAUGAUGGUUUGAAAGCUUCUGAUGUCCUUCCCAUCCUAAAGGAAAAAGUGGCCUUCGUUUCCGGGGGCCGGGAUAAACGAGGCGGACCCAUCCUGACCUUCCCUGCCCGCAGCAAUCAUGACAGAAUAAGACAGGAAGACCUUCGGAAACUCGUGACCUAUUUGGCCAGCGUGCCAAGUGAGGACGUGUGCAAACGUGGCUUCACCGUCAUCAUCGACAUGCGGGGCUCCAAGUGGGACCUCAUCAAGCCCCUCCUCAAGACGCUGCAGGAAGCCUUUCCAGCCGAGAUCCAUGUGGCCCUCAUCAUUAAACCCGACAACUUCUGGCAGAAACAGAAGACCAACUUUGGCAGCUCCAAAUUCAUCUUUGAGACGAGCAUGGUGUCCGUGGAGGGCCUCACGAAGCUGGUGGACCCCUCCCAGCUGACCGAGGAGUUCGACGGCUCCCUGGACUACAACCACGAGGAGUGGAUCGAGCUGCGGCUGUCCCUGGAGGAGUUCUUCAACAGCGCCGUGCACCUGCUCUCACGCCUGGAGGACCUGCAGGAGAUGCUGGCUCGGAAGGAGUUCCCCGUGGACGUGGAGGGCUCUCGGCGGCUCAUCGAUGAGCACACUCAGCUCAAGAAGAAGGUGCUGAAGGCCCCCGUGGAGGAGCUGGACCGGGAGGGGCAGCGGCUGCUGCAGUGCAUCCGCUGCAGCGACGGCUUCUCAGGGCGCAACUGCAUCCCCGGCAGCGCUGACUUCCAGAGCCUGGUGCCCAAGAUCACCAGCCUCCUGGACAAGCUGCACUCGACCCGGCAGCACCUGCACCAGAUGUGGCACGUACGCAAGCUCAAGCUGGACCAGUGCUUCCAGCUGAGGCUCUUCGAGCAGGAUGCAGAGAAGAUGUUCGACUGGAUAAGCCACAACAAGGAGUUAUUCCUCCAGAGCCAUACAGAGAUCGGAGUCAGCUACCAGCACGCUCUGGACCUCCAGACGCAGCACAAUCACUUCGCCAUGAACUCCAUGAAUGCCUAUGUCAACAUUAACCGCAUCAUGUCCGUGGCUUCCCGCCUCUCGGAGGCCGGUCAUUAUGCCUCGCAGCAAAUCAAGCAGAUUUCCACGCAGCUGGACCAGGAGUGGAAGAGCUUCGCGGCUGCCCUGGAUGAGCGCAGCACCAUCCUCGCCAUGUCCGCGGUGUUCCACCAGAAGGCUGAGCAGUUCUUGUCAGGAGUGGACGCCUGGUGCAAGAUGUGCAGUGAAGGUGGCCUGCCAUCCGAGAUGCAGGACCUGGAGCUGGCGAUUCACCACCACCAGUCUUUGUAUGAGCAGGUGACGCAGGCCUACACAGAGGUCAGCCAGGAUGGCAAGGCCCUGCUGGAUGUGCUGCAGCGUCCCCUGAGCCCCGGGAACUCUGAGUCCCUCACAGCCACAGCCAACUACUCCAAGGCAGUGCACCAGGUGCUGGACGUGGUGCACGAGGUGCUGCACCACCAGCGGCGCCUCGAGAGCAUCUGGCAGCACCGCAAGGUGCGGCUGCACCAGCGACUGCAGCUCUGUGUCUUCCAGCAGGAUGUCCAGCAGGUUUUGGACUGGAUUGAAAACCAUGGUGAGGCCUUUCUCAGCAAACACACAGGGGUUGGGAAAUCCCUGCAUCGGGCCCGAGCCCUGCAGAAGCGGCAUGAUGACUUUGAAGAGGUGGCUCAG